AUGCAAAACGGGCGAUUUCCUGAGAACUUCUCUGUGCUGGCCGCUCUGCGUGCCCGGCCAGCUGGGCGCUCCAUUCUGCUGUCUAUUUAUGAUGAAAGGGGCGCCCGGCAGCUGGGGCUGGCGCUGGGGCCAGGCCUGGGCAUCGUAGGCGCCUCCUGGCGUCCCCUCCCUCCACCUGUCAACCUCACAGAUGGCAGGUGGCACCGCGUGGCGCUCAGCGUGGAUGGCGACGUGGCCACGCUGGUCACUGACUGUGAACGCCAGCCGUCUGUCUCCGGGAGAGGACCUGGGGUCAUCAGUACGGCUGGACACAUUGUGUUGGGGACCCAGGAGAUUCAGGAAGAGAGUUUUGAGGGGGACAUCCAGGAACUUGUGAUAAUCCCAGACCCCCAGGCCGCCUUCCAGGCCUGCGAGCAGUACCUCCCCGGCUGCGAACCCGCGGAUCCCACAACCACAGGGACCCCCCAGGAAGAGUCAGGGACCCCAACCCCUCCCCCUCGACGCAAGGGGAAAGGGAAAGGGAAAGGGAAGAAGAAAGGGCGUGGUCGCAAAGGGAAGGGCAGGAAGAAGAACAAGGAAUCGUUGGCCCCAAGUUCGACCCCCGCUGGCACCCUGGAGAACCAGACCUCCGCUGCUGUCCCCAACACGGAGACACCAGUGCCAGCCCUGUCCCCAACUGCCACACCUGAGGUUGUCACCACUACUGUGACCAUUGGCCACAAUGUCACCAUCUUCCAGGACCCUGGCAGUGGAAUCGAGCUGAGGACCCCUGAGGUUGACCCGGCCGAGGAGGAUGAAGCAGGAGACCACCCAACUGUGGGUCCUGAAUUCCGAGCAGCAGAACAGCCAUCUAGAACUGAGUUCCAGAUCUUUCCUGGCACUGGAGAGAAGGGAGAAAAAGGAGAACCAGCUGUGGUAGAGCAGGGUCAGCAAUUUGAAGGACCUCCGGGAUCCCCAGGACCACGAGGAGUUGUUGGUCCUUCAGGACCUCCUGGUCCCCCAGGAUUUCCAGGGGACCGCGGUCUUCCGGGCCCUGCUGGCCUUCCAGGGAUCCCUGGCAUUGAUGGGGUUCGGGGCCCCCCUGGCACUGUGAUCAUGAUGCCGUUCCAGUUUACAAGUGGUUCCUUCAAAGGACCCCCAGUCUCCUUUCAGCAGGCUCAGGCCCAGGCAGUCCUGCAGCAGGCCCAGCUCUCCAUGAAAGGCCCCCCCGGCCCCGUGGGGCUCACCGGGCGCCCAGGCCCUGUGGGUCUCCCUGGAUAUCCAGGUCUGAAAGGGGACUUGGGAGAAGCGGGGCCACAGGGUCCCCGAGGACUGCAGGGCCCCCCUGGGCCUCCCGGCCAAGAGGGCAAGAUGGGCCGCUCUGGAGCAGAUGGGGCUCGGGGCCUCCCGGGAGACACAGGACCUAAGGGUGAUCGAGGUUUUGAUGGUCUACCAGGCCUGCCUGGUGAGAAAGGCCAAAGGGGUGACGUUGGCCACGUGGGACUGCCUGGUCCCCCAGGAGAGGACGGGGUGAAGGGAGCAGAAGGACCUCCCGGGCCCACGGGCCAGGGUCCCCCUGGAAAUCCAGGAAUUCCAGGUGUCCCCGGAGCUGAGGGUCCCCCGGGUCACCCAGGCCACGAGGGUCCCACAGGAGAGAAAGGGGCGCAGGGUUCUCCAGGAUCCGCGGGCCCCCCAGGCUAUCCAGGACCUCGGGGUGUUAAGGGUACCUCUGGCAACCGGGGUCUCCAAGGAGAAAAAGGAGAGAGGGGAGAUGAUGGCUUUCCUGGCUUCAAGGGUGAUGGAGGGCUGAAAGGCGAUCGGGGGCAACCAGGACCCCCAGGUCCCCGGGGAGAGGAUGGGCCUGAGGGACCGAAGGGACCCGAGGGACUGGCGGGUGAGGAGGGCGCCCCAGGCAUCGCUGGGGAGAAGGGCAAACUUGGGGUGCCUGGCCUCCCUGGUUACCCCGGACGUCCAGGACCCAAGGGAUCGAUUGGAUUUCCUGGCCCCCUAGGACCAUUAGGAGAGAAAGGAAAGAGGGGUAAAGCAGGACAGCCAGGCCUGGAAGGAGAGCGGGGGCCUCCAGGUUCCAGAGGAGAGAGGGGACAGCCGGGGGCCACGGGGCAACCAGGCCCCAAGGGUGAUGUGGGUCAGGAUGGGUCCACUGGCGUUCCUGGAGAAAAGGGCCUCCCUGGUCUACAAGGCCCCCCAGGAUUCCCUGGGCCAAAGGGGCCCCCUGGUCCUCAAGGGAAAGAUGGGGUAUCAGGGCACCCCGGGCCGAGAGGAGAGUUGGGCUUCCAAGGUCAGACAGGCCCGCCCGGACCCGCCGGUGUUCUGGGCCCACAGGGAAAGAUAGGGGACGCGGGGCCUCUGGGUGAGAGGGGCCCCCCAGGGCCCCCGGGACCUCCUGGGGAGCAGGGGCUCCCAGGCCUGGAGGGCAGAGAGGGCGCCAAGGGUGAACUGGGACCCCUCGGGCCUCUCGGGAAGGAGGGGCCACCUGGGCCCACAGGCUUUCCUGGUCCCCAAGGAGCCCCUGGGGAUCCCGGACCCACUGGUUUGAAGGGUGACAAGGGGCCCCCCGGUCCCAUCGGGGCCAAUGGCUCCCCCGGUGAGCGGGGUCCUGUGGGCCCAUCUGGAGGCAUUGGGCUUCCUGGCCAAAGUGGAGGUGAAGGCCCGAUGGGUCCGGUAGGAGAGAAGGGGUCCCCGGGAGAACGUGGAUCCCCUGGCCCCACUGGCAAAGAUGGGGUGCCAGGACCCCUGGGGCUCCAGGGACCCCCUGGAGCUGCCGGGCCUUCUGGAGAGGAAGGGGACAAGGGAGAAGUGGGGGCCCCUGGCCACAAAGGGAGCAAAGGAGACAAGGGCGAUGCGGGCCCACCUGGACCAAUAGGAAUUCGGGGUCCUGUGGGACACCCAGGCCCCCCGGGGGCUGACGGGGCUCAGGGACGCCAGGGACCCCCAGGCCUCUUUGGACAGAAGGGAAAUGAAGGAGUCAGGGGCUUUGUGGGUGUGAUCGGCCCUCAAGGCUUGCAGGGACUUCCAGGCCCUCCUGGAGAGAAAGGGGAGGUCGGAGAUGUAGGAUCCAUGGGUCCCAAUGGGGCUCCUGGCCCUCGGGGUCCUCAUGGCCCCAGUGGAUCUGAGGGCCCACCCGGGCUCCCAGGAGGACUUGGCCAGCCAGGCUCUGUGGGGGAGAAGGGUGAGCCGGGCGAGGCUGGAGACCCAGGCCUCCCUGGAUCUCCAGGCAUUCCAGGACCCAAAGGUGAAGUUGGCGAGAAGGGGGACUCAGGCCCAUCGGGGGCUGCUGGAGCCCCGGGCAAGAAAGGGCCACCUGGAGAAGAUGGCUCUAAAGGAAGCAUGGGCCCCACGGGGCUCCCCGGAGAUCUGGGGCCCCCAGGAGAUCCUGGAGUUCCGGGUGCUGAUGGCCCCCCUGGGGAGAAGGGAGACGUUGGAGAUGUCGGGGGACCGGGCCCACCAGGAGCUUCUGGGGAACCUGGUGCUCGGGGUUCCCCGGGCAAAAGGGGGCCUCCCGGCCGCAUGGGUCCAGAAGGAAGAGAAGGGGAGAGAGGUGCCAAGGGAGACCCUGGCUCUGACGGACCCCCAGGACGGACAGGCCCAGUGGGGGCUCGUGGGCCCCCUGGACGUGUUGGGCCUGAGGGUCUUCCAGGAAUUCCUGGGCCUGUGGGUGAACCAGGCCUCCUGGGAUCCCCGGGGCUGAUGGGCCCUCCAGGUCCUCUGGGACCUCCUGGCCUCCCAGGGCUGAAGGGAGACUUGGGCCCCAAAGGGGAAAAGGGCCAUAUUGGAUUGAUUGGCUUAAUUGGUCCUCCUGGGGAGGCUGGUGAGAAGGGGGACCGUGGAUUGCCUGGCGUGCAGGGCCCUCCAGGCCCCCAGGGAGACCCCGGUUCCCCCGGACCCAUUGGCUCUUUGGGCCAUCCUGGGGCCCCAGGUGUGGCAGGCCCUCUGGGACAGAAAGGCUCCAAGGGUUCCCCGUUCUCGUAUGUGGACGCCGAUGGAGCCCCGGUAAACGUGGUACAGUUGACUUUCCUGAAACUCCUGAGUGCCACGGCUCACCAGCGCUUUACCUACAUGUGCCAGAACUCGGUCGCCUGGCUGGACGAAGCGACCGGUGGCCACGACCGCUCCCUCCGCUUCUUGGGGACCAAUGGGGAGCAGCUGUCCUUCAAUCAGACAGCGGCGGCUACCAUCAGGAUCCCCCAUGAUGGCUGCCGACUCCGGAAGGGGCAGGCCAGGACCGUGUUGGAGCUCAGCUCUUCUCGAGUGGGUUUCCUGCCUCUGUGGGAUGUGGCUGCCACGGACCUUGGUCAGACCAACCAGAAAUUCGGCUUUGAACUUGGGCCCGUGUGCUUCAGCAGCUGAAGGUCUUGGGGCCGGGGGUAGAAAGAAGUAAUGCGACGGAUUCCGUGCUGUGGCUCUGACGGCGCCAUAUUUAUUAGCUUCUGGGACUCUGGGUCUUGAAGAUGGGUUUCUGUGGGUGUCUUCUCCCUGCCAGCCUGAGGGAGGGAGUUCUCUGGGUUCCCCAAGGUGGGGGGGCUUCACUGUGCUCUCCCUCUUUCUCCUCUGUAACCUUAUCCACCCCUUCCCUAGCGCCCCCCC